CAUGAAUCCAUCAUCUAGAGGCAUCCUGUGGGUUCUCCUCCCCCUAGCUGUCAUGUAUCGCGACCUCCAUAAUGACGUUCCGGACGUCGAACUGCCAUGACGUCAUACAGGCGUCUUAUACCUUUAAAGGGUCUCUUCACCUUCGUUGACACCUUCCCAGACACAAAACACUAAACUGCGAGAACAAUCGAACAAUUUACCAAGAAGAUAUUCCGGAAGUCGAAGAGUGUCGAAUUCGGCCAUUCAAAAAUUUCCAACAUGUCUGACAAGGGGGAAUCAAUCUCACACAACGCCGUCGAGAUUGGCCAUAAUAUCAUCCACGGCGCUGGGCAAGAGACAUCGACUCGGGUUGGUCGCGCCGACAAAACUGCACCAAUGCCAGAAUACAAGAGAGGUGCUGGACUGGAGAACAUCGCAGCAAGCGGUGGACAGAGCCAAGGCAUCGCAUCAGGUCCGAACAAAGGGCAGGGCGGUCGGGGUAGCACGAAUUAGGAUAGGGCGAGAAAUGUACGAUAUCAGGCCACUAUCUGAGAAUUGUGAAUACCAUUAAACAACAAGAUAGUGUAUCAAAUUAUCGCCUAACGGUUCU